GGAGCCGCCGCGGCCGGACCCGAUGCCGGGAGCUGGGCGCUGAGGGCGGCCCCGACAUGGGGGUUCUCAGCAUCACGGACCAGCCCCCUCUGGUCCAAGCCAUCUUUAACCGGGAUGUGGAGGAGGUUCGGUCGCUGCUCAAUCAGAAGGAGAACAUCAAUGUGCUGGACCAGGAACGCCGGACCCCUCUCCACGCUGCUGCCUACAUCGGAGACGUUGCAAUCCUCGAGCUGCUCAUCCUGUCAGGUGCUAACGUGAACGCCAAGGACACGGUGUGGCUGACGCCGCUGCACCGCGCCGCGGCCUCGCGCCACGAGAAAGCCCUCCAGCUGCUCCUGAAGCACUCGGCCGAUGCCAACGCGCGGGACAAGCACUGGCAGACCCCGCUGCACGUGGCCGCCGCCAACCGGGCCACCAAGUGCGUGGAGGCGCUGCUGCCGCUGCUCAGCACCGUCAACGUGGCCGACCGCACCGGGCGCACGGCGCUGCACCACGCCGUGCACAGCGGCCACCUGGAGAUGGUGAACCUGCUGCUCAACAAAGGUGCCAGCCCCAGCACGUGUGACAAGAAGGACAGACAGCCCCUGCACUGGGCGGCCUUCCUGGGUCACCUGGAGGUGCUGAAGCUGCUGGUGGCGCGCGGGGCCGAUGUCAUGUGCAAGGACAGGAAGGGUUACACGCUGCUGCACACGGCGGCCGCCAGCGGCCAGAUCGAGGUCGUGCGUCACCUGCUCAGGCUGGGGGUGGAGAUCGACGAGCCCAACUCCUUCGGGAACACGGCGCUGCACAUCGCCUGCUACAUGGGGCAGGACGCGGUGGCCAACGAGCUGGUCAACGUGGGGGCCAACGUCAACCAGCCCAACGAGAAGGGCUUCACCCCCCUGCACUUCGCCGCCGUCUCCACCAACGGCGCCCUGUGCCUCGAGAUCCUCGUCAACAACGGCGCCGACGUCAACUUCCAGAGCAAGGAAGGGAAGAGCCCCCUGCACAUGGCGGCGAUCCACGGACGGUUCACGCGCUCGCAGAUCCUCAUCCAGAACGGCAGUGAGAUCGACUGUGCUGACAAGUACGGCAACACCCCCCUGCACGUCGCUGCUAGAUACGGCCACGAGCUGCUAAUUAGUACGUUAAUGACCAAUGGUGCUGACACUGCCAGGCGCGGCAUCCACGACAUGUUCCCCCUGCACUUGGCCGUUCUCUUCGGGUUCUCCGACUGUUGUCGCAAGCUGCUUUCCUCAGGUCAGUUGUACAGCAUCGUGUCCUCGCUGAGCAACGAGCACGUGCUGAGCGCCGGCUUCGACAUCAACACCCCCGACAACCUGGGCAGGACCUGUCUGCACGCUGCUGCUUCCGGAGGGAACGUUGAAUGUCUGAACCUGCUGCUGAGCAGCGGCGCCGACCUGCGGAGGAGGGACAAGUUCGGGAGGACCCCCCUGCACUACGCGGCGGCCAACGGCAGCUACCAGUGCACGGUGACGCUGGUGACGGCCGGGGCCGGCGUCAACGAGGCCGACGGCAAAGGCUGCACGGCGCUGCACUACGCGGCCGCCUCCGACACCUACCGCAGAGCCGAGGCUCACUCAGGACCCAGCGAGGAGGAGCCCCUGAAGGAGUCGAGGCUGAAGGAGGCGUUCUUCUGUCUGGAAUUCCUGCUGGACAACGGUGCUGACCCCUCCCUGCGGGACAAGCAGGGCUACACCGCCGUCCACUACGCGGCCGCCUACGGCAACCGGCAGAACCUCGAGCUGCUCCUGGAAAUGUCCUUUAACUGCCUGGAGGAUGUGGAAAGCACCGUUCCAGUCAGCCCUUUGCACUUAGCUGCCUACAAUGGUCACUGUGAAGCCCUCAAGGCUCUGGCUGAGACGCUGGUGAACCUGGACGUGCGGGACCACAAGGGCCGCACCGCGCUCUACCUGGCCACGGAGCGCGGCGCCAGCGAGUGCGUGCAGGUGCUCACCAGCCACGGCGCCUCCGCCCUGGUCAAGGAGAGGAAGAGGAAGUGGACGCCUCUCCACGCUGCAGCUGCCAACGGGAACACGGAUUCCCUGCACCUCCUGAUCGACAGCGGCGAGCGGGCGGACAUCACCGACGUCAUGGACAUCCACGGCCAGACCCCUCUGAUGCUGGCCAUCAUGAACGGCCACGUGGACUGUGUCCAUCUCCUGCUGGACAAGGGCUCCACGGCCGACGCCGCCGACAAGAGGGGCCGGACCGCGCUGCACCGGGGGGCUGUGACUGGCUGUGAGGACUGCCUGGCCGCCCUGCUGGACCACGAUGCCUUCGUCCUGUGCCGGGACUUCAAGGGCCGCACCCCGAUCCACUUCGCCUCGGCCUGCGGGCACCUGGAGGUGCUGCGGACGCUGCUGCGCGCGGCGCUGUCCACCGACCCGCUGGACGCCGUGGUGGACUACAGCGGCUACUCGCCCAUGCACUGGGCCUCCUACAGUGGGCACGAAGAUUGUCUGGAAUUGUUACUUGAACACAACCCGUUUGCAUACCUGGAAGGAAACCCCUUCACUCCAUUGCACUGUGCAGUAAUUAACAACCAGGACGGCGCUGCUGAGAUGCUGCUGGAAGCAUUGGGUGCCAAGAUUGUUAAUAGCAGAGAUGCCAAAGGAAGGACCCCCCUUCACGCCGCUGCCUUCGCCGACAACGUCCGGGGGCUGCGGCUGCUGCUGCGCCACCAGGCGCUCGUGGACCCGGCCGACAAGAUGGGCAGGACCCCCCUGAUGGUGGCAUCGGAGCACGGGCACACGGCGGCACUGGAGUUCCUGCUGUUCCAAGCAAAAGCAAAUAUUACUGUGCUGGAUGUCAACAAGAACACAGCUCUUCACCUGGCCUGCAGCAAGGGCCAUGAAAAGUGUGCCUUGUUGAUCCUGGGGGAAACCCAAGACCUUGGCCUUAUCAAUGCAAGUAACAGUGCUCUGCAGAUGCCGCUGCACAUCGCGGCGCGGAACGGCCUGGCCUCGGUGGUGCAGGCCCUGCUCAGCCGCGGGGCCACCGUGCUGGCUGUGGAUGAAGAAGGUCACACCCCAGCCCUGGCGUGCGCCCCCAACAAGGACGUUGCCGACUGCCUGGCACUGAUCCUCUCCACCAUGAAGCCUUUCCCGCCCAAGGACGCGCUCGGCUCCUUCAGCCUCAGCCUCCUCACGAACUGCGGCAUCGCGGCCAAGGCGGCGGUGCCGGCGUGCGGGGCCCUCCCGAACGGCUCCUCCUGCCCUUACUCCAAGGAACGCCACAGCGCCAUCGGCCUGGACGGCUGCUACUCGGAGUGACCUCCUCCUCCUCCUCCCUCCUCCCCCGACCACGGGUGACCCGAUAUCUUUAUUCUAUUUAUUUAGAAAUUCUAUAAAUAUAGGGCACUUUAAAGGAGAACAAGACCGGGCGGGCCCAGCGUGGGGUGGGUGGGGGUGAGGGUGAGGCCGAGAGUUCGGGGUUUGUGUGGUUCCAGUGGGGUCACAGCGGUGCCAGUCUCGAUCCCUGUGCCCAGCCUGGAUGGCAGGAGGUGGAAAGGGCAGGGUUUGGGCUGGCACAUCCCCAGUCCCAUUCCCUGUGCCCAGCCUGGAUGGCAGGAGGUGGAAAGGGCAGGAUUUGGGCUGGCACGUUCCUGGUACCCUCCCAAACCUCCCUGGCAUGGAAGGGGCAAGAUUUGGGCUGGCACAUUGCUGGUACCCUCCCAACCUUUCCUGUCUGGCAGUGUUUAGGCUGGCACAUGCCUGGGGUGGAAGAGCAGGAUUUGGGCUGGCACAUUCCUGGUGCCCUCCCAACCUUUCCUGGCUGGCAGGAGGUGGACAAGGCAGGAUUUGGAGUGGCAGGAUUUGGGCUGGCACAUCUCUGGUGCCCUUCCAGCCUUCCCUGGCUGGCAGGAGGUGGUGGAAGGAACAGGAUUUGGGCUGGCACAUUCAUGGGGUGGAAAGGGCAGGAUUUGGGCAGGCAGGAUUUGGGCUGGCACGUUCCUGGCACGUUCUCAACCCUCCCUGGCUGGCAAGAUUUAGGCUGGCAGGAUUUGGCCUGGCACAUCCCCUGUGCCCUCCCAGCCCUCUCUUAGCCUGGAGAUUGAAGGGCAGGAUUUGGGCUGGCACAUUCCUGGCAUGGAAAGGGCAGGAUUUGGGCAGGAUUUGGGCUGGCAGGAUUUGGGCUGGCAGGAUUUGGCCUGGCACACCCCUGGCAUGAAAAGGGCAGGACUUAGGCUGGCACAAGUCAGCUUCUGUUGAAUUUUUCCCCUCAGGGUUGGUGGCAGCCAUUUCCUCCCAGGUUUUUGUUUCCCUCCUGGCAUCUUUGUUUCAUUCCUGGUGGUUUUUGUUUCCAUCCCAAUGGUUUUGUUUCCUUCCCAGGGU